AUGGAGGGCAGAUCCGUAUUUGGGCUGACGACAAGGGACGUCGAAGAUUCACUGAUUUGUCGGGUGUGCUCUGAGAAGUACGACGAUAGCUGCAGAGCGGCCAAAUUUCUGCGUUGUCUACACGGUGUCUGCGUCGCUUGUCUCGGCAAGAGUGUACCGGGCGAUGAGCAGGUGUUCAAAUGCCCGGUCUGUCAGCAGAAUACUCCCUUCCCAGAGAGUGGAGUGCAGGGCUUGCCAGAUAAUUUCAUUGUGAAGACACUGAGAGAUUCUCAGUGUGUGUUUGAAAGUGAUCGCAAACAGUCUCGCAGCUUUAUUUGUGGAUCCUGCAAAGACGGCGGUCCGGCAGUGAGCUACUGCUCUGACGGGGACUGCGCAAAUUUUCUCUGUGAGAAUUGCAAGGAAGCUCACGGCCGGUUACGGAUCUACGAUGGUCAUGUCGUCAUUCCGUUGGAACAGUUGGAAAAUCAGCCGGAGAUUUUUAUCUCGCGUAAAAAACCUCGUUGCAGCCAGCAUCACAAGCAAGCCUUAACCUUGUUCUGCAACGAGGAGGGUUGCCAACUGCCCAUAUGCCUGGUGUGUGUGCCGACGGCCCACCAGGGCCAUGGUGUCGUCGAUCUAGAUCAGAAAUCAAUUGAGGUGAAGAAGGAGUUGCAGAUUCUUGCUCAGGCGGCGAGAAAGAAGAAGGGCACAGUCGAAGAAAUUUCCGGGAGAAUAAGCACCGAGAUAAAUCAGACGAGUUCUCGGUUUGAGGAGAUGGCGUCUGCACUUUCCGAAAUGUUCGAAGGCCUCCAACGCCAGCUCAAGACCGCGCAUGAAGCAGUCAACGACGCUUUGAAGAAACAGUGUUUGGACAGAACAGCUCAACUAAAGUACCCAACCAAUUUCGCAGAGUUGCUUGUCUCUCAGUGCGAUUCCGCAUGCCAGUUCGCCGAGACAGCUUGCGUUAUUGGUAACCCUGUCGACCUUCUGAAGACCAGUGAACAGAUCAUCUCGAGACUCCAAGAACUUAUCGCCCUCGAUGUUGAUCGGUCUCUGCCGUUCCACCCAGCCGAUGAGGCUUUUCUUUCCUUUACUGAAAACCAUGACCAAGUAUUGUCUGACAUUGAGAAACUCAUUCCCAUCCUAGGACAGUUUAACACAUCCAUCGCGGACCCAACGCUGACCCAAGGGUUCAAAGUUACUUUCCCUGGGAGUGAUGAGUCAUCUUUGGUCCUCAAUGCCACGCACAGAGUCCGUAUUUGUGCUCUUCAUCCAUCUCGCCAACCCUUAGAUCGCCUUGGUGGGGAACUACAUGCGUACUUGCUCUCACCUGAUGGUAGCAGCCUCGAGUGCAAACACGGUGAGCAAUGCGGUGACUUUUACGAGUUACAGUUCCGGCCGUUGGUAGCAGGACCUCAUCAGCUGAACAUCAGCGUGUCUGGAGUGCCUAUCACCAGCAGUCCGUUUCCAGUUGUUGUUGUCGACAACCCGUCCGGUGAUGGCCAAGCUGAGCAAUCGCAAGACGAGGUCUGCAGUGACUUGACAUGGACGGACGCAUUCGUCCAUAGCGAGCACACAAUCAUCGUCAAGUUCAAAGCCCCUGAACAUCGUCUUCCACGGGUUAGCAACUUGAGUGCCCAGUUUUCCAUGUCUCGGUACCAAGACCAAGAAGACAAACGUUUAUACGCGAUUGAUGAACCGCAGAUUGUGGAAACCGACGACAGUCAAACCUUCCGUAUUGUCUACACACCACCGGAUGCCGGUGAGCUACGUAUGUCUGUCUUCGUGGACGGUCAGCCCAUCGCCAACAGUCCCUUUGUCAUCAACGUUGACCCAUUGCAUCCAGACUCUACCGCAGUGUCCACACAUCAGCUGGGAAAAUGCCCACUUAACACCGCUGUCUUGAACAUGCCAUACACAAUCUCACUCCAAACAUACGAUGGUUUUGGUCAGCAGCUCACAAACGGAGGCUAUGAUGUUAAAGCUGCGAUUUCUACUUCGAGUUCUGAAGAAGUUCUGUUGCCUGAUGACAUCAUCGAUAGCCAAGAUGGCAGGUACAAAAUAACCUUCACACCUCGUUCAGUUAAGCUACAUUCUGUGACCAUAAGCAUCUGCGGGUACCCAGUCAAAUCGCCAAUUGAGAUUUCCGUUUUGUACGGCCUACCGUUUGAAAAUCCUUCUAGUGGCUACGAAAAACCGACGGGAAUGGACGUGGAUAACAAAAGCAAAACUGUCUACGUUGUAGACAGCCGUCAUGCCUGCAAACUCUACGUGUAUGACAUCUACGGCAGGUGCACAAGCGAGCUACCAUUCGAGAAGAGCACCCUGCCCAACAAAUCCUGUCAGAUCGGCGUUAACGAGGCAGGACAACUGGUAUUGCUGAUUUUCCAUCUGAGACGUGUCAUAACGUGCAGCACUGAUGGAGAGAUUGAAGACAGUUGGGAAUGCGCAGCUGAAAAUAAAACACCAGCCAAUCUUACUCUGUCCAAAGAGGGCCAGGUGAUCGUUGGUGACAGCCAAUCACAGGAGUUGUUCAUCUACGGGCCAAAGGGCGAAGUCAGGGGUCGGAUUUUGCUCCAGGAUGGUUCCCUCGAGGUCGGAAUGAACAAUGUCUCUGUGGACCGCAAUCUGAAUAUCCUUGUGGCGACCCACUGCCCUCCUUACGACAUUCUGCGGUACAGCAUGACUGGAAACGCGUCCUCGAGGCUGGUCUCUCCUGCUCAAAACUCCCAGCUGGCCGCGGCUUCGACUCCAGAGGGCGCUCUGAUCGUCUCCGUGCCACGAGGUAUCCUGGUCUUGGAGUUCAGCCACGAUCUCAUGGAGGUGGCUGUGGUCAAGGAGUUCCAAAUCGACGACAUCUACACCAAGCUAGCGGUGGUCAAUGACGGGUGCUUCGUGGCCUUUGAUCCGGGGGCGAAACACCUGACGAAAUACAGCUACAAGCCUUACAUAAAAAAACACCGCUGGUCUAACCCACAGUCCCCGUGGACAACCCAAACAGCAAUGCGCGAAGUUUCUCCCACCACUUUGUCCCCAGAAAAGCCCCUUCCUUCACCACGCCAAACCACGUCUGAAUCAAAUUCAUCCGGAACUGGUGAAAAGACCUCCCCGAUUGCGGAAUAGGAAUUUCAUAAGGAAUUUGUCAGCAGGGAUAUGUUUUUCUUAAUGAAAACACGGCUUUAUUUGUUUCUGUACUACAGACUAACACUGGUUUGAAUUAUUAAAACUAAAAAGUACAUCUUAGUUUUGUAAAUAUAGCUACGAAACAUGGAUAAAGUCUCGCUUUAAUAAGACAAGUUUGUACUGAAUUGCACGUGACGGAUGUGGUGCAUUUAUCAGAUUUUUAAAAAGUAAAUUUCUAUCUUUUGUGAUUUAUUUCGAAAAAUAUCAAGCAAACAAUUUUAGGGUCCGAAUCAAUUCCUAUGCAGGAAGAGUCCCGAACUAGAGUUAAGUGGAAUCAUUCACUUUGUCCAAAGGAAGGUCUGCAUUUGUUCCGGACAUUUAUUCUGGGAAAAUUUUCAUCAGCUAAUGAUUGACUCAAGUUGUUAAGUAUCCCGCAAUUUAGACCCGAUACGUACAAUGUUCUCAACUUGUCCGGAACUCGUCCCGCAUAUGAAUUGAGACGGGUCAUUUUGUAGAUCAGUGCUAAAAUCAUGUACAGUAACACUUUAGUUGUUGUGGUGGUUAGUUUAAGUAUAAUUUAUAGUAAAAUGUAUUGAUCCUAUCACUAGGCCGCAGUGUGUCUCCCAUCCUUUAGAAACGUGUUCAUGAAUAGUCUAGAACAUUUUGGACGAUCAGUAUGAACUUUUGUAAUUUUUUUCAAACAAUCAUCAUCGCCUGUCAACAUAAAAUCAUUGUCAUAUCUAUGACGAAAUACUGAAUAGAACUGAAUUAACAUUGCAACUGAAUUAAAAAGAACAUUGGUCUUCAUCAAUUUGGAAUUUAUUUUUAGAUAUAAAUGUAUCGAUUAAUGAAGGUUGGGCGGUCAAAACUUAGAGAAAGAAAUAAGUUUGCUUGUCAGAACUGUUAUUAUAUCCAAUUUAAGGUUAAAAACAAAACAUUACCAAGUGGAUAAAUACAGCAAGGCAUUUCGGGCAUCCGUGAUGACCGUCAUCGACGCCAAAAAAAUCUUAAAUUUCUCAAAGAUAACAUAUGUUCUGUAUUUUUGGCAUUAUUUUGAGUUUAGUCUGUUGACCAGCAAAAGAGGCCCAUUGGAAAGUUAUUAGAGUGUGCAAAUACCGGCAAUCGUGGACCUAAGACGUAAUGGUCAGAAAACAAACAAUAUGUCCAUGAUUGAAAUUUGCGUGCAAAACCAAUGAGAGCUGCUGCUAACAAAGGAAUAAGGAUUAGGGACAAUAUGGGGCUCCACGAUUGCCAGUGUUUAGAAACAAAAUGUGUGUGUGGGUGCGUUUGUUCAUGGUGUAAAUCGAGGA